GGGGCGUCGGGCGAGAUGGCGACGCGCAGUGUGGGCCGCGGCGUCGGGCGGCUGCUGGGCAGCCUUUGCAGGUGUCCGGGGCUGCAGGCGCGGCCCCUGCGCGGGCUGAGCGCUCAGGGCGGGGCAACUUCCCACCUCUCGGGGAGCGCCCCCGCCGUAGCCGCAGCGCAACCGGGUUCGUAUCUCGCUCUGAGCGCUCAGGCUGCCCAGGAGCCGGCUGCCUUUUGGGGGUCGCUGGCGCGAGAUACGCUGGUGUGGGACACCCCCUACCACACAGUCUGGGACUGCGACUUCAGCAGUGGCAAGAUCGGCUGGUUCCUGGGAGGCCAGUUAAAUGUAUCUGUCAACUGCUUGGAUCAGCAUGUUCAGAAGUCCCCCGAGAGUGUGGCUUUGAUCUGGGAGCGAGAUGAGCCUGGAACUGAAGUGAGGAUCACCUACAGAGAACUGCUGGAGACCACCUGCCGCCUGGCCAACACGCUGAAGAGGCAUGGAGUACACCGAGGGGACCGUGUGGCCAUCUAUAUGCCUGUGUCUCCACUGAGUGUGGCAGCAAUGCUGGCCUGUGCCAGAAUCGGAGCUGUCCACACAGUUGUCUUUGCUGGAUUCAGUGCAGAGUCCUUGGCUGGGAGGAUCAACGAUGCCAAAUGCAAGGUGGUUAUCACUUUCAACCAAGGACUCCGGGGAGGGCGUGUGGUGGAGCUGAAGAAAAUAGUGGAUGAAGCUGUGAAGAAUUGUCCAACUGUCCAGCAUGUCCUGGUGGCUCACAGGACAGACAACAAGGUCCACAUGGGGGAUCUGGACAUUCCCCUCGAGCAGGAAAUGGCCAAAGAGGCCCCUGUGUGCACCCCAGAGAGCAUGGACAGCGAGGACAUGCUCUUCAUGCUAUACACCUCAGGAAGCACUGGUUCCCCCAAGGGGCUUGUCCACACCCAGGCAGGCUACCUGCUGUAUGCUGCCCUGACUCACAAGCUUGUGUUUGACUACCAGCCAGGCGAUGUCUUUGGCUGUGUGGCUGACAUUGGCUGGAUCACAGGACACAGCUACGUGGUGUAUGGGCCCCUCUGCAAUGGAGCCACCAGUGUCCUUUUUGAGAGCACUCCUGUUUACCCUGAUGCUGGUCGGUACUGGGAGACAGUGCAGAGGUUAAAGAUCAAUCAGUUCUAUGGCGCCCCAACAGCUGUCCGGCUAUUGCUGAAAUAUGGCGACACUUGGGUGAAGAAGUAUGACCGCUCCUCCCUGCGGACACUGGGGUCAGUGGGAGAACCUAUCAACCAUGAGGCUUGGGAGUGGCUCUACACGGUGGUGGGGGACAGCAGAUGUACGCUGGUGGACACAUGGUGGCAGACAGAAACAGGAGGCAUCUGCAUUGCACCUCGGCCUUCAGAAGAAGGGGCAGAAAUCCUCCCUGGCAUGGCGAUGAGGCCCUUUUUUGGCAUCAUCCCUGCUCUCCUGGAUGAGAAGGGAAAUGUCAUAGAGGGCAGCGAUGUCUCUGGGGCCCUGUGCAUCUCCCAGGCCUGGCCAGGAAUGGCUCGGACUAUCUAUGGCGACCACCAGAGAUUCAUAGAUUCCUACUUCAAGGCAUAUCCAGGCUAUUACUUCACAGGAGAUGGGGCUCACAGAACUGAGGGUGGCUAUUACCAGAUCACAGGGCGCAUGGAUGACGUCAUCAACAUCAGUGGCCACCGCUUGGGGACCGCGGAGAUCGAGGAUGCGAUGGCUGACCACCCUGCAGUGCCGGAAACUGCUGUCAUUGGCUACCCCCAUGACAUCAAAGGGGAAGCUGCAUUUGCUUUCAUUGUGCUGAAAGAUGAUGUGGGUGACGCGGACAUCGUGGUGAGUGAACUCAAGUCUACGGUGGCCACCAAGAUUGCCAAAUACGCCGUGCCUGAUCAGAUUCUGGUGGUAAAGCGUCUUCCCAAAACUCGAUCUGGGAAAGUCAUGCGGCGGCUCCUGAGGAAGAUCAUCACUGGUGGAGCCCAGGACUUGGGGGACACCACCACUCUGGAGGACCCUAGUGUCAUCACUGAGAUUCUGAGCACCUUCCAGAAAUACAAAGACAAGCAGGCUGCUGCCAAGUGAGAAGGCACACUUCUACCUGGACACUCGGACUAUGAUCGGCACCUAGGCUCUACACGUUCUCCUCAAAUGUCACCCUGAGGUGGCUAACUCCUGUCCUAGUACAUAGCCCCCAUGUACCGCCCAGAGUGUGAAGUGGGGCUGGAGACUCUUUCUUUCUUCUGGGGGAGCCCCAGAGUUACAUAACCUGUGAAGAGGUACUGUCAGAUGGGGGAAGCACUUGUUACACUUAUCCUGGCCUUGGUUUCCAAGAAUUAAAAUCAUUGUCAUCCACAUCUGUGUCCCUUUGAGACAGUACAGGGAGACGAGAAGCCCAGUAGAGGAGCCAGCUCCCCGACUUAAGAGCUGGAAGCAAUCAUUGUUUUCUGCUGAUGUUCUUAGAUUCAAAAGGUAGAGAUCUUAUUUUUUAUACUUUUAUAUUUGGGGAGAAUAAUGUGCAAGCACUCAAGAGUACUGUGAUGAUUUCCUUAUAUACGCUCGUUGUAGCAGUUAUGAAAAUCUCCCUUUUUGCCUCCACUGGUGAGAAACAUGGGGACAAUCAGAGGAUGCUCUUUUUGUUUUUUAGUGUCUUUGGAAAUCUGAUUCACAUAUUUGCAUAGCUAUCCUAAGAACUUGCCAGCUUGUAAUUUGAUGUCCAUUUCCUGGUGUCUAUUUCUCCAGUACUUGGUUUGUGUUAUAAAUAGAAUUAACUCCUAAGCAAUAGGGUGAACAUGCUCACCUUUAUUUCUGAAGCUACUCCUGUGGGCAUUUUACUCCAAGAUAUGAUCUGGAAAGGUUUUCUUCCCCCCAGAUGCCUCUUGGUAGGAGGUGAACAUGCUCCAAAUAUGUACAGCCAUUCAGAGAAGCCAGUGAAAACUCAGGUGACUUGUUGUUAUAGCACUAGUGCUGCCUGACUCUUUCUGCCCUUCUUUCUGUGGUUGCAGCAAUAACUACUAUGGUCCAAUGAUGAGACUUGGAGCUUCUAAUCAAGUCUCUCUCUUUUUCAAUGUGCCUUAAGUCCUCCGAACAUUAGCAAAAUGAUGUAAAUCAUGAGGCCACUGAGUGCUUAUUUCAUGGAAAGUGUACAAAACAUGUGUGGGUCUGCUCACAGGUGCAGGUCAUCAGGGAGCAGGGCCCUCAAGGGCAGGGAAAGGCUGCCCUAUCUGCCCUACAGUGCCUUGUAGCUGUGUAGGUGUUCAGGGAGUGCUGGGGUACUGAACACCUUCUAUGGAUCCUUACUGUGCUGGCCUCUUAGUGAUCAGGCGAGUAUACUAUGAUCCCAGGAUGUGGCAGUGGCCAUAGCACGCACACUUUGAAUAAUGGUGCUUCUUUUACCAUUAGCAACAAAGAGCCACGCACUGGACUUGGUGAGCCAUAGUUACAACACUGUUUAUGAAAUGGCUUAUGUUUCUACGUUGCUGAUAUAAACUCUCAGGAUGAUCUGCAGAGGUGUUCAAAUAAAGCUUUAUUUUGUCCAUUCUCUCA